AUAGUCUUUAUCAGCAUCAGAAGAAGCUUACUAUCUGGACCAGAAUGCCUCGUAUUACUGUACAUAUUAGGGAUGAAUGGUUGAUGGUGCCAUGCAGAGACACCACAUGUACCAUACAGUGGUUGGGACUCGAGGCUUUGAAACGCUAUGUGAAGAACAAGCCAGAUAAUGGGGGAUUUAUGUCGCCUAAAGACAUUAAUUUUGUUGUAAGGAGGUGUCAAGGCCUUGGGCUGUUGGAUUCCGAUGAUACUAUUGAGGAUGUUCUUGAGGAUAAUGACUUUGUGGAACUUGCCAUUGAAGGAGAAUCUAUGUCCCCUGACUUCAUCCAGUGCCAGCCAGGAGUAUCGCACUUAACAGCUGUGUACAGAGAACCUGAUGAUUACUUAGCCCUUGAUGGUAACAGCCUAACCUCUACAGAUCUAGUUAAUUUGGGGAAGGGUCUCUACAAGAUCAAGUUGACCAAGGAGGCAGAACAAAAAGUUGUGCAAGCAAGAGAGCUAUUGGACACAAUUGUGAAGGAGAACAGAAUUGUGUAUGGAAUAACAACUGGUUUUGGGAAAUUUGCACGCACUGUCAUCCCUGUGCCCAAACUUAAAGAACUCCAAGAAAAUCUUGUGAGAUCACACUCUGCUGGUGUGGGGAGUCCUCUAAGUCCAGAAAGGACACGCAUGUUGCUUGCUCUCAGAAUCAAUGUCCUGGCAAAAGGGUACAGCGGCAUCUCCCUGGAAACUCUCCAUGCAAUGGUUCAGGCUUUCAACGCAUCUUGCCUGUCGUUUGUUCCCGAAAAGGGUACAGUUGGUGCAAGUGGAGAUCUGGCUCCUCUCUCCCAUUUGGCAUUAGGCCUCAUGGGAGAGGGGAAGAUGUGGUCUCCCAAAAGUGGAUGGGCUGAUGCUAAAUAUGUACUUGAGGCUCAUGGACUGAAGCCUGUAUCACUGAAGCCAAAAGAGGGUUUAGCUCUCAUCAACGGGACCCAGAUGAUCACUUCCCUUGGGGCAGAGGCUGUGGAGAGGGCAGAGGCUAUUGCCAGACAGGCGGACAUCAUUGCUGCUCUCACACUGGAGGUUUUGAAAGGAACCACCAAGGCCUUUGAUAGUGACAUCCAUAAGCUGCGUCCCCAUCCAGGACAAACUCAGGUGGCGCUGCGUUUCCGCUCUCUCCUGGACUCUGACCACCAUCCCUCUGAAAUUGCAGAGUCUCAUCGAUUCUGUGACAGGGUCCAGGAUGCAUACACUAUGCGUUGUUGUCCACAGGUUCAUGGUGUUGUUAAUGACACAAUUGACUUCGCCAAGAACAUUAUCAACACAGAAAUCAACAGUGCUACAGACAACCCUAUGGUAUUUUCUGAGAGAGGAGAGACCAUCUCUGGUGGGAAUUUCCAUGGAGAAUAUCCAGCAAAGGCGCUGGACUACUUGGCCAUUGGCAUUCAUGAACUGGCCUCAAUCAGCGAGCGAAGGAUCGAGCGCUUGUGUAACCCCUCACUCAGCGAGCUCCCUGCCUUCCUAGUCAGCGAGGGGGGCCUGAACUCAGGGUUCAUGAUUGCACAUUGCACUGCCGCGUCCCUCGUGUCAGAGAACAAGGUCCUGUGUCACCCGUCGUCUGUGGACUCGUUGUCAACAAGCGCUGCCACGGAGGACCACGUGUCCAUGGGGGGCUGGGCCGCCAGGAAAGCCCUGCGGGUGGUGGAGAACGUGGAGCAAGUGCUUGCCAUUGAGUUACUUGCAGCCUGCCAGGGUAUUGAGUUCCUACGCCCCCUGCGAACUACAACACCAUUGGAGAGGGUGUACGACCUUGUGCGUAGCAAAGUCAAGCCAUGGAUGAAAGACAGAUUCAUGGCUCCUGACAUUGAGGCUACCCACCGGCUCCUGCUUGAUCAGAAGGUAUGGCAAAUUGCUAAGCCUUACAUUGACAAAUAUCACAUGGAGCACUUCCCAGAGUCUCGCCCCAGCUCACCAACAGCCUUCUCCUUGGAAUCCCCAGCAUCCCCGAGGAAGCGAGUCCGUCUCGAGUGACGGGAUAUUUGCCAGGCUUCUUUUCAAUACAAUUUCUAUACUAUGGAACUGAAAGAUGCAAAAUUGUUAUACGUGGUAUAUGAAAAGUGUUGAUAGAAUAUGGUUGGAAUAUGUUUUUACAAUGUUAAUUAUAUUUUGAUUAGGCUAAUCAUAUUACUAAUUUGCCUUAGUCAGAGGGUAUUCUGUUAAUUAAAAAUAUAUUAAAGGUAUCUAAUAAAGUUUUUUUUUUGCUACUGGG